AUGGCCAUAAACCCAAUCUCGAUCGCCCACUUCGCCGAAACCCAACUGCAGCUUCUCCUCCGCGAACACGAAGCCGAGGUCUCCUCCUCAACCCUCGCCUCAACUGCCGCUUCCGUUUCCCCCUCGACGCGCCGAAAGCUUCAAGCUACAGGCUAUGCUUUGACGGGUCUCGUUCUCUCACAAUGCCGUACCGGAAUGGGAGGUCGCGUGGUAGGCGAGUUCGUGCCUGACCCCGCUAUUGUGUCGAAGAGGGAAGAUGGUGCGGCAGAUGGGCAGCCGAGAUUAGGAUCGCAUGGGAUAAGGGUCGGGGACGUUGUUCGUGUUAAUGAUGUUUCGGCUGGGGGGAAGAGGGUGGGGAAGGAUAAGGACAUGGAUAAAGAUGGGAAAGAUAACAAGGGGGCGGAGGGUGUUGUCACCAGGACGGGCGAUCGAGCAAUUUGGAUUGCGUUUGGGUCAAGGGGCGGUGGGGGGAGGUCUAAGGAGGAGGAUGAAGCUAUUGAGGAGUUGUGGGGGAAGAAGCUCUGGGCGGUUAAACUUGCCAAUGAUGUCACGUAUAGAAGAAUGCGACAAACUAUGGAGAAAAUGGUCAAGAUGACCGAGGCAGAUCAUACGCAUUUUAUGCGCGUUGCUUUUGGACACAUGACUCCAUUACAACCAGACCAUGAUGCGACGGGGCCAAUUGAGUUUAUGGAUCCGACAUUGAACGACUCGCAAAAAGAUGCCAUUCGGUUUGCUCUGGCGUCGAAAGAUAUCUCUCUCAUUCAUGGCCCACCCGGUACUGGAAAGACGCAUACGCUGAUUGAGCUGAUCAUGCAGUUUGUUCAACAGAAGAAACGUGUUUUGGUCUGUGGCCCGUCAAAUGUUUCUGUGGACAACAUCGUGGAGCGUCUAGCUCCAAAGAAAGUCCCAGUCGUGCGAAUCGGACAUCCUGCUCGACUUCUUCCUUCGGUGCUUGAGCACUCUCUCGAAGUCCUCACGCAGACCUCCGAUGCAGGGAACAUCGUAAAGGAUGUGCGCAAGGAGAUCGACACCAAGCAGGCUAGUAUCCGCAAAACAAAGUCCGGUCGAGAAAGACGGGCAAUCUACGACGACCUGAAACAGCUCCGAAAGGAGUUUCGAGAGCGCGAGUCCAAAUGUGUUGAUAACUUGGUGCGCGAAAGCAGCGUGGUUCUGGCAACACUUCACGGCGCUGGAGGUCAUCAGCUGAAGAAUCAGAGGUUUGAUGUAGUCAUCAUUGAUGAGGCUAGUCAGGCUUUAGAGGCUCAAUGCUGGAUUUCGCUUUUGUCUGCGGAUAAGGUUGUCCUUGCUGGUGAUCACUUGCAACUGCCGCCGACGGUAAAAUCAACCAAUCUAAAGUCCAAGGAUGGAAAUGAAAAGGCGGAUAAACCGAACGAAACAGCCGACAAGGAGAUUCUCAAGGGUGUAUCCUUGGAGCGGACGUUGUUCGACCGCUUACUAUCUCUACAUGGCCCGAGCAUUAAAAGCAUGUUGACUACGCAAUACCGAAUGCACGAACAGAUCAUGCGCUUCCCAUCAGACGAGCUCUACGAGUCGAAGCUCAUGGCCGCAGAGUCCGUGAAAGCCCGUCUUCUAGUCGAUCUACCCUACGAAGUCGACGGCACUGACGAUACGCAAGAACCUCUUGUAUUUUGGGAUACGCAAGGCGGCGACUUCCCCGAACAAGCCGACGACAAAGAGAUCGGCAAUAAGGAGGCACUCCUCGGUGAAAGCAAGAGCAAUGAGAUGGAAGCAAUGGUCGUCGCUAGACAUGUCGAGAAGCUUAUUGACACAGGCCUCAAGCCCGAGGACAUUGCCGUCAUCACCCCUUACAACGGCCAGCUCGCACUCCUAUCCCAGAUGCUCCGUGAGAAGUAUCCCGGUUUGGAACUGGGCAGUGUUGAUGGCUUCCAAGGCCGAGAGAAGGAAGCCGUAGUCGUCAGUCUCGUGCGCAGUAAUGCGGAGCACGAGGUAGGCUUCCUCGGUGAGAAACGGCGUCUCAACGUGGCUAUGACGCGACCCAAGCGGCAUCUCUGCAUCUGCGGGGACUCAGAGACCAUCAGUCGGGGCAGUAGCUUCCUGAAACAUUGGAUGGACUACUUGGAGGAGAAUGCAGACUUGCGAUACCCCGACGCCGGCGAUCUACUCUGA